AUGAUGAUGAAGAGGACAAUAUCUUUGGCUCAAUUAGCAAAAAAAUUACGACCUGCUUUAUCUACGACUGCAGAGGAGUUUAUUGAUGUACAUAACUCUAUUGCAAUUUAUGCACCAGCUACUGAAGAUAUAGUACAAGAAGUUCAAGAGGAUAAUGACGGUCAGAAAGAGACGGAGAAAGAGAGAACAAUUUACAGAGCUGACUUUGAA